AAAAUAUUUCUAAGAGAUUUCGCUUGAAAUACAUUACGAAGGAAAUUCCUUCCUGUUUUCGCCCAGCUGAAUUGUAAAUGCAAUUUGUAGAGAUAUUUAUUUACGAAGAUGUAUUGGAGCAUUUAUUCAGCAGUGAUGGACCAUGUUAGAUAGGAUAUAGAUAAUGCUCGUUUGAAAUAUGAAUUCCUCACUGACACAUUUUUGAGAAAAUGAUGUAGUUAUGCUGUGUGAGUAAAUGAUCGUAUUAAAAUUGAAAAUCGUUUACCAUGGAACACGCUAAAGUUAACUGGUUACUUGAACAAAUUAGAAAACGUUGUUUAUCACAAAAUGUGAGCGGAAUAAAACGCCUUUCAGUGAUUUUCAGAAUGGUGGAUACUGAUUAUAACAAACGUAUAUCUUUUCAAGAAUUUUGUAAAGGUUUAAAUAUUUUUGGUAUUAAAUUAGUAAAAGAGGAGGCAAAGGCACUGUUUGAUGCAUUUGACAAAAAUAAGGAUAACCAAAUUGAUUUCAUGGAACUGGUGUCCAAGUUACGACCUCCAAUGACAAAAGGAAGAAUAGAAGUAAUAAAUCAAGCUUUUGAUUUACUUGAUGCAAAUAAAGAUGGAAUUCUUAAUAUUGAUGAUUUAAAAAUCGUCUAUUCUACAAACGCAAGAAGACAUCCAAAGUUUGUAUCCGGUGAAUGGACUGAAGAACAGGUGCUCCGGAACUUCUUGGACAGUAUCGAUACACCUGGAAAUCCGGAUGGCAAAGUGACACGUGAAGAAUUCAUGAACUAUUAUGCUGGUGUCAGUUCAACCGUUGAUGAUGACAGCUAUUUCGAUCUUAUGAUGCGGGCGUGCUAUGGCUUGCCAAACAGAGGAUCGUGAAACAAAGAACAGAAAUAUCAACUAAUAAUUGUUUAUUUUUUUAGUUGCUAUGGUUCGCCAAACUUGACUAAUAUAAAAGGAUAUGAUCAUUUUCAAUAUAAGAAUUGGGAACUACUUCUAGAAAAGAAAUGGAAAUUAAUAUUAACUUAUCUAAAAAAUGUCCAUUAGUCUUGAUUGUAAAUAAUUUAUAUAUCUAUAAGAGUAAUAUUCAUAUCUAAACAUUGUUAAAUAAAAUAGUUCUUUGAUUCAAUUAUUCCUUAAGAAUUACUGUAAUAAUCUUGUCAUGCAAUUAGAUACUUUAAAAUGAUGUAUUGAACUAUGUUUAAUAAGUUAAACAAAAGAAAACUUACCGUUGUAUUGUAAUAAAAGCUUGACUUAAUUGUUAAAGUCCUGUUGACAAUCAUAUCGUCAAAAGCAAAAAGCAAAAAUUCCACAUUAUUUAACUUCAUCCAGGUGUAAAUGGAUACACGUACGGACUGGCCAUCAUGUUAGCUGUUAAAGGCGUGACAUUAGACAUUUAAAUGUCAUAAGUUCUUAUUGCUUUCUUAGUAAAACGUUUAUUUCCCUACAGUAAUUACGACUUGGUGAUAUAAUUUAUUAUUUACAUGUCAAUUUGUUCUACAUCAGAAAAUACAUUUUGAACUGUAAUUAUCAUUAAGGACUUGUUACUCAAGCGCAUAGAUGUCUAUCAGUAAUGAAUGCAACAAUUCAGCUGUUAAGGGAUUUUCUGAGCUUUUGAUAAAACAAUUACAGGAAAUGAUUAUAAAAUUUAAGACUGAAAUACGCCAAUAAAGCUGCGUAAUUGGAGCAAUUAAAUUUAAUACAUUUAUUCCAGACUCUCAUCAAAUUUCUUAAGUCUUUAUAACAAUGAAUGAAGAUCGAAAAUAUUAAGUUUGUGCUAUAAUAUAGAGUCAUUUAAAAUGGCUUCUUCAGAAUACUUUAGAAUUUAAUGUCAACUUCAAUUAUGAUAUUUUUCUCGAUAUUUAUUUUAAAAGAAAAUCUUAUUUCAAUUACAUGAACAUGCUCACAGAAUUGUAAUUGAUAUUUUGGAAAAUUGAAAUAGUGUUGAUACAAAUGUUUAUACUUUUACUCAAUCUCCAUAAUUAUUAACAGUACAUUAUGAAGUAAGUAAUUUGCUUAUAUUUUCUUCUCUGAUGGAUAAUGCAAUAUGGGGAAGAAAAAAGUGAUUAUAUUUAUUGUCAAAUUUCUCAAGUUGUUUAAGGAAAACGCAAUAUUUCAUGUCCAUAUUUUCCUUGAACAAGCUUUAUUUUCAUUUAAAUAUAUGUCUAAAAUUGUUUUAUUUCAAAUACUACUACUGAUGCAUGUAUUAUUUUAUUUGAAAAACAAUUAAUUCAACAUAAUUCAACAUAACAUAAAGAAAUAAAAUAUUUCUGAAAAGAUUAGAAUAAAGGUUACCUCAGA